AUGGACAACGAUGACUUCAGUUUCUCUGCCCAUUACCGCGGUACCACACCCGCUCUUCGCCGUCGACACCAUAAGGAGACCUUGUCCACGGACAAAUUCGCGGCCUAUGCGAAGUUGGACAACGAUAUUGGACGUCUUCAAUCCAAGUUAAACGAAGUGAUCUCGCUCAACAUGAACUCUGUCCUGACUUCCCCGAUCAGCUCCGACUUGGGCGUCUACAAUGUCGUCAAGAACGCUACCUACCUCAUGCCGAAUCCCAACAAGUCCGAACUACAGCAGAGUGCACAGAAAUUGGCCCAGUUGACGAUGAUCUGA